CACGCAGAGAAAAAGCGACGUCAAGGGCAGGCACUUAGCGGAGGUGUGUGCGGUGGGCAUGACAUUGGCCAACACCUUCUUCGACUCGGGUCCUACUUUGCGGAGCUCCAAGGGCGAAGGCAAGCGCAUUGACUGCGUCGGGCUGGCCCCACCGUUGGCAACGGCGGCCCAGGAGUGUACCACCGUACAGGACUUCGGCAAUGGCCUCAAAGUUCGGGACCAUGCGCCGACCAUCUGCACGUUGAGAUACGUCGUCGGGCCGAGGCCCCCGAAGUCGAUCUCCAUAUCUUUUGACAAGAGUAAGUUCGGGAGCGACGAGGCCGAGAGCAUCUAUAGGAGCAAGCUCAGUAGGAGGACGGCCGAGUGGGACACCGACGUCAACGAACACCAUGAGAGUAUGGUUCAGGACAUUCAUGCGGCAGCGGGAGUAGCUUUCAAGAAAGACCCGACAACGCAAAUCAAGGAGUACAUCAGCAUCAACACCAUGAGGCUCACCAGGACGAGGAAAUGCGCCAUUAGGGAGCUCAGGCUGCUGAACGUUGGGAAAGGUAAGCUGGAUCACCUCGCAGCGCACCUUCCUCAGCAAGAGCGGCCUCUUUUCCCGCCAGGAACCCCAGGACGAGAGCAGGCUAAACGGUUGAGCCUCGCCAUGAGUAUGUUCCAGGACCAGACCACCGGGAUCCAAGAAGCCAGAGCGGAAGUCGAGCUCUACCUCAAGUCAACUGCUACGAUCCUCAAGACGGCUAUCAAAGAGAAGAGGCGCGACUACACUGGCGCGAUUGCGGAGAAGCUCGACGACUCCGUGCAGCCCAAAGGCACAACGCUGUCCGAGUGGCGAUGGCUUCGGCGGCUACUCCGUAUCGGAGGCCGACGAGGGCGUCGAGGGCAGGGCGGCGACGUUAUCCCCUACAGGCUGGACGACAACGGCGAUGUUAUCGACUCCGAGGAGCGGAUGAUCGAGGUUCAAGUGCAGGACUAUGCUGAGCUCGAGGACGCCUCCUUGGGCCAUCAGGUAGCGGCAACGUACAACUCCUACGACGACGACUUCGCACGCGAGGAGUUCUCCACCGAGAGCGCGCCCACCAUGCUAGACACGCAGAUCGCGGUCAGCAAAGGUGAGAGGAGGAGAGCUCCAGGAGAGGACGGCAUCUCGUACGACGUCCUUGCGACCGACCCAAAUAAGCGUGCGGCUGAGAUGAAGGUGUCCGCUACAACUUGGGACAUAGUUUUCCACGUCCUCUACAGAUACAAGCACAUGGGCACGAUGAUCUGCAGCGACGGUUUCUGGGGACCCGAAGUGCAACAUCGUCUUCGAGCCCAUCGUCAGGCCCUGGACCCCAUCAGGAUUUCCGUCGCGAAGCAUGCCCGAGCCGAGCCUGAGAAGCUUGCGAGGCACGUCGACACUCUGGCCAACGCCAGGCCCACGUGCCAGGCCGAGCUGUGGUGCGGCAUCAACGUCAGCGACCACCAGCGCUUGCAGGCGGCCCACUCACAAGGCUACAGGGUGGCCGCCGCAGCUGGCUACAAUCGCGACGCCGCCGAGCAGAUCCCAGGCAGCAAGGUCUACUGCGACGCCAAGCGCGCAGACCUGCCAGCGGUGGUGUCAGCACGAAGGCUCAGGUACUUCAGCGCAGUACUCCGUCAGGCACCCUCCACUCUGAAAUAUUUGCUCGAGUUCGGGCUUCAGCACCGCGACACCUGGCACCAGUCGAUCCCCGACGACCUGCAGUGGGCCAAGCAGUACCACGGCAGCAGCGACCUCCCUCAGUACAAGCGGGUGAUGGAGAAGCGCUGCCAGCACGACAUCUGGAGGCGCAGCAGCGACCACUGCGAGCAGCAGAGGGACCGCAACCAGCACCACACCACCUCCAUGAUGCACGACGAGAGCAGCGAGGCCAAGAGAUGGUACGCAUGCUAUGACUGCGAGGAGGUCUUCACCACCGAGGCUGGUGUAACCGAGAGCGUGCAGCACGGCAAUGGCGGGUACGCGGAAGUCUUGGACAGCAACAGCGGGCGUCUCAUCACAACAGGAUUCCAAGCAAAUAGCGACGAAGCUGGCCAGCAACAGGCAGCACCGCAGCCAACAGACAUCAUCUGGAUAGUGGACGGGGACUCCACUGAACAUACCGAGCACAAGAGCCAAUGCUGCCACAACAUCCAGAGCAACGGAACGCAGUACUUCGAGACGACCUUCGACGACGACGAGCUCGGCUUAAACAUGGCAACGUCCACCACUGGCAAUUAG